AUGAUCCGCCAGGCCUGUAAUAUGCAGAAUAACUGGGGGAUGACUCAUGCCGUACAAUGCAGUAUAUCCGUCAAGGAGACUGAAUCAUCCAUGGGGGGAAGCCACUUUUCAGCAGCCAGCUGGUACUCAGGUCAGCAAAAGACGAUCCAUUUUAUCGGGAGGUUUGUAGUGGCAAUAAUGGUAAGGCAGAGCAAUCCGGGGACAAAAUGUAGAGGAAAUGGCAUCCCCUAGCAGUGACAGCUAUAUUGUGCGAGUCAAAGCUGUGGUUAUGACCCGAGAUGACUCCAGUGGGGGAUGGUUGCCGCAAGAAGGAGGCGGUCUCAGUAGAGUUGGCGUCUGCAAGGUCACAUACCCAGAGGGCAAUGGAAGAAGUGGAUUUCUAAUCCAUGGUGAAAGGCAGAAAGACAAACUGGUGGUGCUGGAGUGCUUCGUGAAGAAGGACCUGGUGUACACGAAGGCGAACCCUACCUUCCACCACUGGAAAGUGGACAACAGGAAAUUUGGGCUCACUUUCCAAAGCCCCGCUGACGCGCGAGCGUUCGACAGAGGAGUGAGGAAGGCCAUCGAAGAUCUCAUCGAAGGAUCUACUACUUCCUCGUCAACCCUUCACAACGAGGCUGAGGUUGGCGAUGACGAUGUCUUCACAUAUGCUACAGAUAGUUCCUCAAACUCCUCCCAGAAAAGGGAACAGCCCGUGCGAACGCUAGCUUCUCCUGCGUCCUGCGAACAUCGAAGAAUUUGCACUCGUAGCCACCUGCACGACCAUUAUAGCUCUGACCACUACCAUCUCGAACAAUCAGUACCACGGUCCUAUCGGCACGUCAACUUUCCCGAUGACGAUGAGGAGAUCGUGCGCAUCAAUCCUCGGGAAAAGAUUUGGAUGACCGGCUAUGAGGACUAUCGCCAUGCCCCAGCGCGAGGAAAGAGCUUUGAUCCUGACGACAUGGACUCCUACGUGCGUUUUGCCAAAAGCGAGGCCUCCAAACAUGAGUACACCUACCCUUACAUAGACAACUCGGACUUUGACCUGGGUGAAGAUAUCAAGGGUGCUGUGAUAAAGACUCAACCUGUCAAAUUCAAACCCAGGCGGAAGGAAGACGGCGAGCGAUCGCGCUGCGUGUACUGCAGGGACAUGUUCAACCACGAGGAGAACAAACGGGGUCAAUGCCAGGAUGCUCCGGACCGUGUCAAGACUUGCAUCCAUCGAGUGAGCUGUAUGUGGUGCGCGGACACUAUGCUCUAUCACUGUAUGUCCGACCCGGAAGGAGACUAUACGGAUCCUUGCUCGUGCGACACCAGUGAUGAAAUGUUUUGCCUCCGGUGGAUGGCCCUUAUCGCCUUGUCUUUCAUCGCUCCAUGUAUGUGCUGUUACUUGCCGCUUCGGGCUUGUUACCACUGUGGGGUCAUGUGCAGGUGCUGUGGUGGAAAACACAAAGCUGCUGGAUGACUACGGAUGAGCCUCAAGGGUUAUGUUUUUCCUGUAGUUCGAGGAACACGUCGGUUUGGGAGCAUCGAGAUCACUUACUUUGAUGCAGCCACUGUGCCCAACAGCAUCCAGAAACCGCCGGUUUGGAUGGCUUUACCUUUGGUCGCCGGGGGCUCACACUGCAUUGAUUUGCUCAUCAAGUGUUCUAACUAACUAAUCUACAGCGUAGACUUUUGUAUUAUUAAUCUGUAAUCAAACAGACUGUCUUGUACAUGUUUAUAUUAUUAUUUUUUUUUUUUGUCCAGUUAAAAGGGGUUUGAGAAAAGAACUGCUUUCGGUGGUGGUGGAUUGUAGAGCGUGUCCAGGUUGUGUCCGUCUUGCCUCCGCUUGUGCGGUACCAUUGCUGUGUCAGCGAGCUCGGCAUCUCUAGAAACGGGAUGGUGUCGCGGAACGAAAUCACACUUGGAAGACAGAGUAACUUGCAGUCAAGUUAUUGUGUGUAUAGAAGGUGCGCUAGUAACAAACUUGUACCGCAACACAGUAUUUCUGUCAUCAGUUUUCUUCUCUUUUCUCUUUUUUAUUUUCUUUUUUGUCCUGUUUUCAAGCCAGAAUAGCCAUCUAAGCUGCAGUUUCUCUUUUAGAGUCCGUCGCCAUUUCCUUCAGCAAACAUCUUAAAUGAUUUCUCUGUUCUUAAAGAGAAAGCAAGGCUCAGUUACCGUAGUCACGUAACCAUUGAGAAGGUGGUAGUUCUCCUUACCUGUAAUCAUUUCAGACCACUACUUGAAAGGGAAGCUUAAAUUUUAGGGUGUUUUGCCCUAAAUGACAUUGGAAAAAAUUAAAACUGUGUUUCCAGAGUUCUGCCGAAAAGAGGGGAACUUCUUCACUCGCCAGCCAUGUCAUGAUUUGAGAAUAAAACACUAAGAUUGUAGAGGAGCAAAACUGUCGUGAUGCGAGGAAUGAUUCACCAACGCAACCUCAGGGGCACUGUUAUAAUCCGUGGCCGUUCUGGAGAAAUGCUGCGUUAAGUGGUGGGUUGUAAGGCACCGAGUAUUUGCUUAUGUCUUCUGUGCAGCACGCGAGCGUGAGAACAUGCACGUUUGCAGCGGGAACUACGUUUAGCGUUUCUAAGCAGGUGUUUAAAACGAAAAGCCAGGAUGUUAGCCACCACUUUAAUUCCCUGAUUUACGGUUCCCGGUCCUCCCGACGCUUAACAUACGUCGCAGCUUCCCGCGUGCGUCACCACCGUUUCUGCCCUCCGGCUUGUAGGCUUAGGCAGGUGAGUCUCUGCGGGAACCAGCCCAAAGUGUUGCCCUCGCUCUGCCCUCCCCAGUUCACCACCCAGAUUUAUCAAGUGGAUGCCGAAGGUGCAUACAGCAGGAUAAGAAUACUUUAAUUUUUUUUUUUUUAAAUGUCAUGUCCUCUUCUGUACAAGGCUUGUAAUUAGCUGGAAAAAGAGUAUUUUUCUAAUAUAUUACAAGGAAUAGCCAAAUAAUUUUUAUUAAAAAAAAAAUGAUUUAGCGCAGUGAGCUCUAACUAGCAUAGUACAAUCUGAAUCCUUUGAGGCAGCUAGGGAUUGGCUUGUCCAAGCUGGCACUGCUGUUCCUGCCAUAAUUUCUUUCUGCAGUAAAUUGCCAGUGGGCGCAUGUCCUUUCCCUCCCUCUAUUGCACAUUGACAUCAGUCUUAAAAGAGAGAUUUUUUGUUUGUUUGUUUGUUUUGGUUUGGGUUUUUUAUUUUUUUUGCCAAAUAAAUGUAAGGAACGCUUGCCAUUCGUUCUUGGUGGAACGUCCCGACAGUUCCUCUGAGAGUCAAUCCCAGCUAUUUAGUAAACCAUGAAGUAAGUAUGCAACAUGCUUAUACACUAUAGAGUCGGGUAGGCUUAAUUUGUAGCAGUUGCUGGGGAUUUUUUGGUUGGGGAGGGGGAAAAAAAAGAAAAGAAAAGGAAUGAUAAUGGAAAAAGGACGGAGUGUUACACCCUUGGUGAUGUGUCUGGGUUUGCUGAAUGGAGUAUAAAUAUUUUGUGCCUAAUAGCAGUUGACAAAUCUCUCAAUGGUGUCUAGUAAACAUCAAGCCAGCCUCAAGAAAACACAGUGGAACAACCUUUUCCUUUUAUUUCUGUUCUCCAAGUUGUUUCAUGUAAACAAAUAUCUGUAAGAUCUUCUCUCUAUAAAGCACAACACUACAAAAAAAAAAGAUCUUACAGCUUUUUGUCCGGUCUUGAAGUGCCCCUAUUUAUUUAAGUAAAGUAGACAUACUCCAAGCCUUUCCGUAUGUCUGAAAAUAACAAUUUUUUUUUUUUUAAAAGCCCUCUUCUUCUUUUUUUCUCCCCCCGCCCCGGCUCCUUCUUCCUCCCUCAUCUCCUCUUGGGCUUUUGUGAUACUUGUAGAUUUUGCUGCGUGUGUUAUUUGGUUUGUGAAGGCAGUGGUGUAAGGGCACAAGGAUAGAAAUGGGUGUUUUCUGUAAAUAGUUCUCCUGAAUUUGCACACUGCUGCUGAACAGUGUGUAGCGUUCUCCCAGUCAGCUUUGCAAUACUGACAUCAAUCAUUUGAGAGAAAUUAUUCAGAUUUUAUUUUUGUAUCUGUGGUAACAAAACAUUAACCAAAAAUUUUUUUUUUUUUCCUCUGUUGUGGAAAAUUUUUUUCAAGCUAUUGCUCACAUUAACAAAUUAAAGUGCCUGAAGCCUCAUCAUUAUUGUAUCUAUAUACUAAAAGUUAAAACCCUGUUGUAUUGAUUUUUAUAAGCCUUUUUACCUCCGUGUAAAAAAAAAAAAAAGUAUAUAUACAAGUGUAUGAUGUACAUUUUAGUUCUUAACUUCUUUUUUUAUUGUUUCUAAUAUGUAUGAUCAGUGUAGCUAUUGCUUUAAAAAUGUACCGUGUAAAUAUAAAUACAUCAUAUC